AUGGCGCCUCAUCCCUCGGGUGUGCCGGCUGUCCAAGCGACCCACGAGACAGAACAGCCCUUCCAGGGCGCCUCGGACGCCGAAGUGACCUGCGUUGCGUCCGCUCCGCCCAGCCCGGCUCGCGUGCAGGGGGGCUGCGCGGAGGAGGAAGGGGGCGGCUGCCGAGGCGCCUCGAGGAAGCUCCGGCCGAGGCGCGGGGGGCGCAGCCGGCCCAAGAGCGAGUUGGCUCUGAGCAAGCAGCGGCGGAGCCGGCGCAAGAAGGCCAACGACCGCGAGCGCAAUCGGAUGCACAACCUCAACUCCGCGCUGGACGCGCUUCGCGGCGUCCUGCCCACCUUUCCCGACGAUGCCAAGCUCACCAAGAUCGAGACGCUACGCUUCGCGCACAACUACAUCUGGGCGCUGACGCAGGCGCUGCGCAUAGCAGACCACAACCUCUACGGGCUGGAGCCGCCCGCGCCGCCCUGCGAAGAGCUGGGCAGCCAGGACGGCGGCUCCCCGGGAGAAUGGGGCUCCCUCUACUCUCCGGUCUCCCAGGCGGGCAGCCUGAGCCCCGCCGCCUCGCUGGAGGAGCGUCCGGGGCUGCAGAUGCCUGCCUCCCCUACCGGUCUGCACCCCGGCGCCCUAGCGUUCUCAGACUUUCUAUGA